AUGUCCGACGUGUUGCUUGAAUUGGAGAUGAUCUUGGCCACUGUGAGGCAAAUCGACCAGAGCGUGCUUGCCAGCAUUGCCCUUUUGGAAAAAGGCGUUCCCGCUGGUUCAUACAAGCAGCUUGUGGCCAGUAACAAGGAGAAGCUAGAGCGUCAGACCCAGGCGGUGGAGGAGUACCAGCGAAAGGCGCUUCGGGCGACCGGAGGCGGCUCGGAUAACGAGCUGGAUUCUGAUUUGGACCAGUUGCUUGAAGAGCUCGACAACGAGGCAGAGGAGUCGCUGGCUCAAUAUAGAGAGGCCCGUUUGGCCGAGUUAAAGCGUGAAUUCGGCAAGAUCGACCGUGCUGCUCACGAGCUCGGGCAGGAUUUGGGGCUGGUGACGUUUGUAAACGACGAAAAAGAGCUUAUGGACCUAGUCACCAAGGCUGAUGUGUGUAUGGUGCAUUUUUACCAGCCUGAGUUUGCCCGGUGCAAGGUGAUGAACGAGCGGUUGGCUGCUGUGGCUGAAAAACACGUUGACGUGAGAAUAUUGGCUAUCAAGGCCGGCCUGGCGCCGUUUUUGGUGGCAAAGCUUCAGCUCAAGGUGCUUCCUGUGGUGAUUGCGUAUAGGAAAGGUAAGGAACUCGCCAGGAUUGUGGGGUUUGAGGGCCUCGGCGGCUCAGGAACAGACUUCCCUGCGGAGGGGCUCGAGACGUGGAUGUUCCGUCAGAAGUUGGUCAACAGAAGGGCCUUGACAUUUGCAGCCAAGAAAGCAACGCAAAACGAUGAAAGUGAUGAUGACGAUUGGUAUUAG